GACCUUCACAGCGAGAACUACCUCUUGAAGUCCCCGCGCCUAGAAGGAGGAGGAGAAGAAGAUUUGAUCUCAAUUGUGGUCGGAUCGAGAGGGGAGUCUGUUAGGGUUCUCAAGUUCAACGAGAAUGUCAAACUGUGGCAAUCUGUUUCUGACCUGAAAGGCCGAGUGGCUUUCUUGAGCCCCACGUCAAGUGUGAUCAUGUCAAGUAAGGAGCUUGGAGUCCCGGGAUUGGAUAACACCAUCCAUUUCGCGCGAUUGCGUGGAAGGCACGGUGUGUUCUACUCACUCUCCACCUCGAAAUUCCACUCAAUGGGCCACCGCCGCGGCAGGGACAAGAAGGGUGCAUCAGAGGACUUGGUAGGCACGAACAUUCCGUUGAACAGUACCUGGAUACCCAAUUUCGAGUACCUUUCCGAACGACAGCUCGACUGGUCGUUGUCGAACCCCGACGAGGAGCAAAUAGUUGAAGGAGGUGAAGUCAUUAGUGAAGGUGUAGAGGAGGAGAAACGAGAAGAAGAAGAAGAAGAAACAGAGCGACCAUGGAUUGUAAUCUCUCACGGUGGAGAGAAAUUAGAAGAAGAGAAGAUCACAUUCGUCGAUUUGGCCACGGGAGUGUACCAUUCAAGAGAGACUAGUACAAUAGAUGAAAGAUUGAGAGGGAAAAAACUGUACGGCCGCGGUCAUGGGAUGGUGCUGCUGAUGGAUCUUGUGGCACGAGACUGUGUUCUGUUCAACACAAAGACUAUGUCUUUCGAUUCGCUACCGACGUGGGAGGAGAGUGACGACUUCGUCUACCAAUGUUGUUUGCUCCACAUGGCUCCAACAACCGACGGUGGUGGUUCCGAACUCAUCGUCAUGGUUUUCGGCGAAGACGACGACUACGAGGGCGUGGCAAUGUACUGCCGAGUUGGUGAUAAGGAGUGGACGAUUAGCAAGGGAGGAGCUAAAGUGCUGGGAGCUGCUGCCUGUCAAGGCAAGAUCUACGGGUUCGGGACACCACCGAGAGAGCAUCUGAAGUUUCUGGAGAUCAAGUUACGACCAAACUACCGGGUCAAAAUAGUUGAAGAAGAACAAAUUCGAAUCAUACAACCUUCCACCAAGGCAUGCGGGGACAUCAGGCGUUAUCUGGUCGAAUCUUGUGGCAAACUAUUAUUUUUCCACCAGCUUUUGGCUGGAGAAGAAUAUACCAAUCGGGAUGCGAACGUCGUGCUGGAUGUCAAAGUGUUUAGGAUCGGCAUCGAGAGGAUGCGAAUGAAAGAGGUGAAGGAUCUCGGGGAUCGGGCAUUCUUUUUCAGUUGGUCGCGGAGGACGGAUUUCGUCGGGUGGGGUGUGACUACGCUAAACGUUCAUUCCACUGGGUCGGGCGGAUUCGGAUGUCGAGCCAGCAAGUUUGGGUUUAAGAGGAACACGAUUUACAUGGUGAAUCCCCACGACAGCAACCUGUAUGUAUAUGCCUAUGCAGAUCGGAGCGUUCUGGUUACCUCGUCGUGUCCCGAGGUGGGGCGCCGUUGUGCGAUGCAUGAUCUUGUCAUGUGUCGGUAG